UUAUUACGUAACGACGAUGAACUCGAGGGAGAAAGUUUUGGAAAUUGUUUUUUCGAAUCGUACCGAGACAUCGUUGGAGACCAUCGAUGUCGACCAAGAACGAAAACAGAACGAUUAUGUAUCGGGUUAAAUAUCCGAGUGUACGGGCUCCCCACCUUUAUCGCUGGAUGGAUUACGUAUCUGAGAAUGAAAAAACUUUUACCAACGUCUUCUUCUACUACUUUUCAACUACUUUUCAGCGAUGUGAACUCUCGAGAUAUCGAUUUCGUGGUGUGAAGGAGGAGAGAGAAGUAGCGAAGGAAGAAUCCAGCGCCGGAUUCGAUCGACGAAUACACCGCCAUUCUCAAUCGUCUAAGGAACGACUUUCCACGUGCACGAGCUUCGUUCACCAUGAGGCCUUGGACCAACAAGUCCCUCGGCCUUGGUUUUCUCGGCUUACUUCUCAUCGUGUCGGGCGUUAUUUUUUAUUUCACUUCGUCCAAUAUUUUUCAUUACAUUCUUCAAAAGGAAAUACCGUUAACGACAACAUCGAAAGCGUUCGAAGUGUGGAACGACACGAGCGGCUUGCCACCAAUGUAUUUUAAAAUUCAUUUCUUCAAUUGGACCAAUCCAGAGGAAUUGAAGACGCCUGGGAAGAAGCCCAAUUUCGUCGAGCUCGGUCCUUACGUGUUUCGAGAGAUUAGGCAAAAAGCAGACGUGGUAUUCCAUCCUGAGAAUCACACGGUCAGCUACUUCAACCGUCGAUGGUGGUUCUUCGUGCCGGAGCUUACGAACGGUUCCCUGAACGAUCGCGUCACGCAACUGAAUACCGUGGCGAUCUCGGCAAAACACAAGGUACGAUAUUGGGUCGAUGCGCUGCAAAGUACCCUUUCGUUGAUGCUCGCGACAUCGAACGUGCACAUCACAAAGACGGUAGACGAGCUGUUGUUCCGCGGUUACGACGACUCGUUGAUCGAAAUUGGAAGAAUGGCUGCCAUAGCGGACGACAUACCACCCUUCGACAAAUUCGGAUGGUUUUACAUGAGGAACGGCUCUACGACGUUCGAUGGCCACUUCAAUAUGGACACGGGCACCGACGACGUCGCCAACUUCGGCAAAGUGAAGAAAUGGAAUUAUCGAGACACGAGCAAAUUGUUCAACAGUCCGUGUAACGUGAUCGAGGGAAGCGCGGGAGAGUUUUGGCCGCCGUACAGAGAGAAGGACGAGAUCGUUUUGUUCAGCGGCGAUCUGUGCAGACCGUUGACGUACGAGUACGCGCAGACGAAUUAUCACAUGGGAUUGGAGGGAUAUCGUUACGUGCUAGGCGAGAAGACGUUGGGAAACAACACGAAACGACGCUAUCCCCACGAACAGGCCAAGUAUUUCGAGCAGACCACCACCACCGAGGACUUUUUCGAUGCCGAACACUCGACCGAGACCACCGAUCCUCCGGAACAGGAUCCGGACGUGGUAAACAUAGGCAACUGUUUUUGCAAUGGAAGGUGCAGUCCUGCUGGUUUGAUGAACGUUAGCUCGUGCCGACACGGAGCUCCUGUGUUCGUCAGCCUGCCUCAUUUCAACAGAGGCGAACCGAGCCUCAGGGAACGGAUAACCGGACUCGACGAACCCAACGAGGAAUACGAUUCGUACAUAAUUCUCGAACCGACAACGGGCAUUCCUCUCAAGGUUUCUGCCAAGUUUCAAAUCAAUAUACUGCUAGAACCGUCAAAGACAGUGACACUUUACAAGUCUGUGCCGACCAUUUACUUCCCGGUGAUGUGGUUCUCGUUGGAGGUCGAAGCGACCGAGAAGUUCGUUAACGAUUUGAAGAAAUUUUUGUCGUUGCCCAACGUAUGUAUAUACGCUGGUAUAAUUAUGAUCCUCGUUGGAUCGCUCAUAAUUUUAACGAUGGUUAUAUUAUACCUGUUAAACAGGCAACGCGCCACUUCGAUAGCUAUCGACAAGAGCGUGAAGCAAGAGAUGGCAUCGGCGAAGAAAUCGGAACUGGUUUACUUGGACAAGAACAACGCGGCCGACGACGUACAUGUGAGAAACGAUCGGAAGUUGUAUCCUAAUUCGAUCGAAUGUUUUAACAUGGAUCUACAAUCGAAGCUACAGACUCAAAAAUAGAAAUAAGAAAAAAAUAAAACAUCCAUCGAUCGGAUAUCUAUGCCCGAUAGAUGGCAAUUGAUGAUCGAAGGAUUUCCUCUGCGAAAAAGCGUUCGUUGUUUGAACGCUGCGUUGGCUAUGCGAAUUAAGCGAAGAUUCUUGUGUGACGAGUUUUGAUAUAUAUAUAUAUAUCAAAAUAUAGGAAAGUAGAAGACAAAUUUUUUUUUAACUCGUUACACGAGGAUCACCAACUUUGGGUUGACAUUUCAACCGGAUUUUGUAUCAAAUUUAGAAUCGUAGGCAAAAUUAAUUAAUGUCUAUAUAACAAAAGAUAUGGACGUAUAUAAUCGGAUGUAGAAUCUUUCGUGUUUUCAAUCGUUUUGAUGAUGAAACGAAAGUACAGCAUGAUUAUAUUUCAACUAAGCAUCCGAAAAUAGUUUGCAUCGAUUCGACGAUAGUACGUACCUACCUUUAUUAUUCAAUAAAACCAAAUAUAAUUAUGUAUUUGCGAAGAGAGCGCGAACGAUGCUUCGAUAAUUGACAUUUAUUGAUAGAAAUAGAAUUUGAAAUCGAAUACCGAUCAAAAUUGGUUCGGUUCGAAUUUAAUAGCGAGCGUAAUUAACAUGUAAAUAGAUAGAUAAAUGGGACCAAGGAACUCUUAACUCUGCUCAACCGUAAACAUCGGUUAUACUCGUUAAGCUACAAUCAAAGAUAACGAGACACGUCAAUUAGGCCAAACUUUACUUUCACGGCCAUCGUUCAACGUAUUGGUUGUAUAUCUACGGUUAGUAUACGAAUGAAUAAUAAUAUUGCCGAUAUCAAUGUUCCUAUCGUUCCGAAUAUUACUUUUGUGCCAAACUCGAGAAACCUGUUAAGUUUUUUACUUGUUCACUACUUGUUUAUAAGAUUGCCAUGAAUGCCAAUGAUUUAUAUAAAUCAAGCGUGAUACAUAAAUUGCGAGAUUUAAAUCGAUACACGAUAGUUAGGUAUUAUCGUAUAGAUAUAUUGUAACUACAAAAAAAUACGUCUGUCCAUUCUAAAACCGUACGAUUUUGUAUUGUAUUUUAAUAAAAAAAUUCCAAAUUUU